GCUGCAGAGCAUGGUACCUUAAACCUUGCUACCAAAAUAAAACCAGAUGACUGUCCUUUCGAUUUUUAUUCUGUAUUCUGUAUUCUCCCUGUACCAAUCUCCGGCUUUACAGCCUUUGAAGCUUGGCAUCAGGCGACCUGGAUACAACAAAGGCAGAACAAGUCGUUUGUCAACGUCACUGGGGAAUCUGGCGAUAGCUCCGCUUUCAUCGAGGCAAAGAUGCAGCGCUUGGCCAGGCUGCCGGCCGAUGAAGCCACUUUUCUGGAAGUAAAAGAGCUCUUCCAACAGCGUGUAAGUUUGUGGAUCAAAAAGAUAGGGUACUUGAAGCAUUUUGAGAGUUUAUUUGAUCUAAUUUCUCCGUCAAAACUGCACAGACGUCUGACCAAAAAAUGUUCUGGUCAUAAUGACUCAGAUUUUGCGAUUUAUGUCUGA